AUGUUGGAUAUAAGGAAAAAUCAUGAACAUGAAACACCCGUUCCAAACACUCCACAUGGAUAUCAAUUACUUUAUCAACGUGCUUGGAGUUUUAAUCCUAAUGAACGACCUUUAAUUGAUGAUAAAUCUGAUCUUUCAUCUGCAAAUUCUUCAGAUACAAUUCAUUUUGAUAACACAAAUAUAUUACACCAUCGAACUGGUUCAGAACUAGACAAUCCGCAACUUACUAACAUUAGUAGGCAUUUAUAUCUACCACUUCCCAACAAACCGCCACAAAUUGUUACCGACCAGAAAAUACUUCCUCCCGUUCUUCCGAAAAAGCCACAUGAUAUUUAUCUAAAUCAUAACUCAAGCGCUAGUCAACCAUACGAACGUUACAAACUUGAAGAGCAACAAAACGUGACAUUUUCCAUAGAUCCAAUACAAAAUAAUACUAAAUCUGCUCCUUUUAAACUAAAUAAUUUUCAUAUUGAACCCCAAUAUGAUUCAGCUCCAACUCUACAUGGUUAUUCUCAACAAAGGCCUCCACCUCCAUAUGAUUAUUAUCGACAACCACUACCACCCCCACUUGAUUAUUCUCAACAAGGACUAUCGCCUCAACCUCUUCUAUACGAUUAUUAUCAACAACCACCACCGAAUCAACAUGAUUAUUACCAACAGGAUGUCACACCUUCAAUAUUAAUUAAUCAAAGUACAACACUUCAACAAAGCAAUCCCAGUGAAGAACCAUCACCUCAAAACUAUAAUUUAAAUAUAAAUCAACAAAAUUUGAAUGCGUUAAAUCAGCAAAAUUCGAGCCCAUUAAAUCAGAGCCCGUCACAUUCGAGCCCGUUACAUUUGUAUCCGUUAACUCUAAGGCAACCACCUGUUCUUCCACCAAAGAUCCCUAUUUCAAAACAACCUCCAAAUUCAUCAAUUUUCAUUCACAAAAAUAUAGCUCAAACAGAUGCAAUUCCACAUAGUUACCAUGGAGAAUUUGAACAUUCAGAUAGUCAAAAUAUCAACCAAAGCAAAGCCCAAACAGAGUUUAUUCCUCAUGUAAAUUCACAAGCUCGUUCACAAGUUCAUUCGUAUGGAUUAUCUGAUCAGCCAACUGGCCAAAAUAUGAACCAAGAUCAACCCCAAAUUAUUAAUCCAAUAAUUAAAAAGUCUCUUGAUGCAAUGUAUCAAGAAUUAUUAACAAAACAUAUUAAUGAAUAUAAAGGCGUUAGGAAUUUCCAAGAACCUACAUGUAUAAAUUAUUCCUCAGUUCCUCUAGAAAUUCCAUCUUUGUAUGACAACCUGUCUAUGAGUAAAAAAGAAACUACUGACGAGUAUAUUAUGACGACUAGAUCAACGAGCAGAUAUGAAGGAUCACUUACUGAUUUUGAAGAAUUAGCUCUGAGUAGUACUGAUGUCUUCGACCGCAUCAGUUAUUCUACGCACGUUGUUACUAUUAAUAAUGAGUCUAAGACUUGUAAUAACGUGGAUGGUAUGAAACUAGGUAAUAAAUCAGAAGGUCGGUACGAUAUCUCGCAGUACAUAUCAGUGUAUUCAACUAUUUCACAAGGACCUUCGGACAUCGCAAUUACUGAAGCUGAACGAUUGUUUUCACUACUUAAAAGCCAGAAAGAUAAAAUUGAUAAUAUUUUGGAUUCACAUACUGUAUACGCAGUGGGACCCAAAUUUCAGAGCGAUUAUUCCAUGCCUUAUAUCGCUUGUUGGGUUGCAAAUCCUCUCAUGGAAUCAGUCAUGAAAAAGAUUUCGGGUUUGUUUAAUCAUGAAUUUGAAGUCGCAUACCAUUUAGUGAAGGCUAACGGUAAUGAUGAAGACCCAAACAAUGCAUCAAAUGCGAGUGAUGGUGGAGUCGAAUUCGAGGAUAAAAAAUUAAUUGGAGAGAAUAAAAAAAUGGUUCAAUUUUUCAACAUUACUAUUAAACUCUGGGUAAAUGUCAAACUUAAUUCUAGAAAUAAUGCCAGCUCAACUUUAGAGUUUGAGAUCGACUUGAAUAAUUGCACGGCGACAGAUUUACUCAGCGAACAAUGUCCGUCUCUAGAAAUUUGUGUUUCUCCACUCAAAUCCGACGACACGUGUAUAAUUAUUCAAUCCAAAAAGCAUAGCCUACACAAUGCUAAUAAUGAUGUAACCUCAAUAAAAGUCCAUGAAAACGACUAUCACUUUCAAAUAGAUGCAGGUGCACCGCAGAGUACAAAAGCAACCUUUGUUAUUGGCAAAAAAAAAGGUCAAAGUUCAAUAGCAACAACAAAAGAAUGGGUUAUGAGGGCACAAUUUAGCGGGACUAUUGACAAUAGAAUUAGAAUUAAUACGGAUGUACAUAAGAGUCAAUGGUACAUUGAGAAUGAAAUAGAAGGAUUUCGUGUAACUAUUACGCAGAAUCCCCAACUUGUUCAACAACUCGUGAUUUCUUUUGCGAACUUAAAAGAACUUAAUUCAGAUUUUAAAAAACUUGCAAAAAAAAAGGGUCACGGAGGGUUUGUUACUGUUACUUCAAAACACAAUGGCCAACCUCAGCAAGAAAAUGAUGUUAUUAGUCGUAAUUUAUUUGGAAAAAAUCGUGAUGUUAAG